UAUUUGGAAAAGAGAGAAAAAAAACAAUUUGAUUUAAAAUAUUCAUUUCAGAUAAGGUGAACCAAAGUGCGGUGGACAUCAGCCAUGGCUCUCCGCGUCAACUCCCUCGCUCUUUCUUCCGCUUUACCGAAGAUAGAGUUAAGAGCUGGAAAUUCACGGAGCCCAAGCCUCAAUGUUAACUCGCAGAUGAAAAUCCAAAUGCGAAAGGAGAGUGGUGGAAGAAGAAUCUGGAGGCGAAGGACAAUGACAAAAAAGGACGAAACUUUGCCCUACAGAAUGGAGCGCAUUCCUUUUCUGGAGGAACAGGUGAGGAAGAUAAAAAAUGAGGGAAAGCUCUUGCAAUUGGACAUAGAGAGGUUACUGUUAUCAGAAGAUAAUAAAUAUGACUUUGUGAAUGAGAUAGCAGCUGAGGCCAAUGCUUAUGUUGAGAGCAACAUUGAUGAGUAUGGAGGUGAGAAGAAAGCCAUUCUUCAUGUUUUGAGUAAUCGAAUGAAUGAUGCUGGAUUUUACCGUCCAGAGGCGUAUGCGGAGUCUGAUCCCUUCAAACCUGGACCUCAUUAUUUGAAAGAGUUUUUUACAUAAGUUUAAAUAAAUUUGUUAAGAUGAGAGAUGUUAUACACUAGGCAUAAGAAUUUGCUUCUCUGCUUCACUUAUAGCACAAUUUAUGUCUUCAUCAUUAAAAGCAUGUGGAAAUCGAAUAUCUUGUGUAUCGGAGAAAUUAAGGGAGACAUGGAAUUCCACAUCCGUGUUUUGCAA